AUGCCACAAUUUUUAUCAAUUUGUGAGAUGUAUUCUCCAUACCUCGAGAUCUCUUGUGUUUUAUCUGCAUCCCUUGUAAUAGACUACGGUGGUCAAAAGUGCUGGCCUGAUCCGCAUUCUCCGCAGACUCUGCCCCCUCCAACUUCCCCCAUGCUCGCUCCGUUUCAACCAACAUCAGAGGCCUACUCAAAGCCACCACCCACUCCAUCAGCUGGCCUUUCCACUGGCUACUAUUCUGGCAAUCCGGCCAUACUUCCACGUUCUGGUUCUUCACUAUAUCUCUCCGGACCCCAGCCAGCCCAAUACGCUCAUGUAUCGGGCCCGGCCCAACCUCGACUAAUGCCCAGCGGUCAGUCAAUGGUGGCGCCACUGUCUUCGACAUCUACUUCGACUGCGGCCGUCACUCCAAGUGGCCCCAUGCAAUCAAGCCAUUCUCCUGUUUACUAUACUUCAGGUGGCGCUCCCCCCCCUGGACUCAUUGCAUCCGGUCCUCCUAGUCAGCUUGGUAAGUUGGGGCUAAGGCUUGCUCCAACCUUGCAACCUCCCUCGGCUACUCCAGGCAAUGGGCAAUCAGGAAUAUAUACGGGAAAACCCAUGCCUUCUGGCGGUAGUCCAAAUUUCCAAUCUUCCAGUUAUGCAGGAGUCUCAACUUCCUCGCCUAUUGCUGCUCUACCUCCAUCAUCAUCCCAACCCCAGCUCAUGCAUUCCACGAACCCAGGUCCUUCUGGGAAGCCUCUUUUGACCAGCUAUCCUGGACCCUGUCCCCCAGGAGGCUUCCUUCAAUCGUCCCCUCAGUCAGCACAAGGCCUUGACUCUAAUUCUUCAUCAUCUUCUUCUUGUCCCUCUCUUUUAUCCGCCUCCACCCAUAACAACCUUGGCCCCCUGAUUAAUGGGCCAUCUUCAGUAUCUACUGUUUCUUCUGGCCCGGGGGAUCUCUUCUCACAGGGACCAUUGCCGAGUGGAGGGAUAACAGGAUUCGGACCAGGGCCUAGUGGGGAGAGCCAAACUCAUUCGCAUGGCCAUCCACCUCAACAACAACAAUUGCAACAACACCAUCACCAUUCCCAUCACCAUCAUCAUCAUCAUAAUCACCCACAACAGCAACAGCAAUCUCACUCCUCGGCUCAGCUAGGACAUCUCACAGAUCCCUCUAUGCAACCUAGUAUGUCAAGACCGCAGAUGAUCUCACAGCCAGCUUUAAUUUCUGGGCCACCUCAACUACCUAUGCCUCAUCAUCCGCAUCAGCAUUCACACCAGCACCACCAUGGUCAACAGCAACAUCCUAGCCACUUGUCUCAAUACCAAUUUUCUUCAGCUGUACCUGCACCGAGUGUCAUCAGCCAGCAGAUAUUCACGCCUCCGCCGACACCACCACUCAUGGUAGGCUAA